AUGACUUCAAACAUUAUACUAUUCAUUUGCGCUAUUUCUAUAAAAAUAGGUGUUUCUAUUGAAUCAAACAAUGAUUGGAAUCUCAAUAUUAUUCAUACAAAUGAUAUGCAUUCGAGAUUUGAUGAGUUUAAGACUCCAAUGUCUGAGUGUUUACCUGCACAUAAAGAAUCAAAUCAAUGUUACGGUGGAUUUGCUAGAGUAGCUACAUUAGUCAGAGAAGCAAGAAAUGCAAGUAAUUCUAUGUUAUAUCUUGAUGCUGGUGACGUAUUUGCGGGAACUCCGUGGUUUACUGAAUACAAAUGGAAAAUUGCAUCUCAAUUUAUGAAUAUUUUGAAACCAGAUGUGGCUACAUUGGGUAAUCACGAAUUUGACAAUGGUCCUGGAGGAUUGGCACCUUAUCUCAAGAAAUCUAAUUUUCCCAUAGUAGUUUGUAAUGUUGAUUUUUCAAUGGAACCUGAAUUAAAAGAUAUAAACAUUUCAAAAAGUAUUAUUUUCAACAUUAAUGGACAUAAAGUAGGAGUCAUUGGUUAUCUAACGCCUGAUACCAAGUACACAACAUCAACCGGCAAGGUGACAUUUUCAAGCGAGAUAGAAUGCAUUCAAAAUGAAAUAAAAAAACUUCAAAAUCAAAAUGUAAAUAUUAUAAUAGGGCUUGGACAUUCUGGCUAUGAUUUUGACAAAAAACUUGCUCAAGAAGUUGAAGGUUUAGAUUUAAUAAUAGGGGGUCAUUCCCAUAGUUUUCUUUACACUGGAGAUGUGCCCGAUACUGAUGUACCUCUGGGUUUAUAUCCAACUGUGAUCGAACAGAAAAUAAGUAAACGAAAGGUUUAUAUAGUUCAAGCUUAUGCAUUUACUAAAUAUUUGGGAAACCUUUCUAUUACUUUUGAUGCUGAUGGAGAAAUAAAAGCAAUCCGGGGUUCUCCUGUUUUGCUGGACCAUAAAAUACCUCAAGCAGUUGAUGUUGUUCAAGCAUUAAAUGAAUUAAAAUCCAGAAUAGAAGCAUACAGCCAUAAAUCAGUAGGCUACACUAGGGUUCUAUUAGACCAUUCAUUGCAAUGCAGAACUAAAGAAUGUAACUUAGGAAAUCUUGUUACUGAUGCCAUGAUUGAGGAUAAUUUAAACAAUAUUCAAGAUAAUGAUAACGGUUGGACUGAUGCUGCCGUUGCUGUUGUUGGGAGCGGAACAAUUAAAUCAUGUAUUCAUAAAUUACUUAAUGAAACUAUUACCAUGGCUGAUAUUAAACACGUUUUACCUCAUGCAAAUAAAAUUUAUAAAUACCGAAUAUCAGGAAAAAAAUUAUUAGAAGUUUUAGAAAAUAGUGUAGCAUUACUGCAGCAUGGUAUUGAAAAUGAUGAUCCAUCUGGUCGAUUUCUACAUGUCUCUGGAAUACAGGUUCACUAUGAUUUAUCAAAACCUAUAGGAUCUAAAGUAAUAACAGAUUUAUUAUUGAUACGUUGUGCUGAGUGUUUAGUUCCCAAGUUUGAGCAAUGGAAUAUUGAUAAGAAUUACACUAUUUUAAUCAAUGAAUUUAUAGCAACAGGUGGUGAUGGAUUUACAAUGUUGAUAGAUGAGAAGCCAUUGUCAAUAGGUAUUACUCUGGAAGAAUGUGUAGCAAAUUAUAUUCAACAGAAAAAAGUAGUUUUUCCAUCAGUUGAAGGCAGAAUUAAAUUUAUAAAUCCUGAUGAACUUCAAUUUAUUGAUUUGGACAUUGAAACGGUUAUUCAAGUUAUAGACGAUGAUCAAUAAUUUAUCUUACACUUUCAAAGU